GGGCCCUUUCCGAUAUCUAGUCAUACCGCUGUAGCGAUUGAUGGCCUGGCUGGCGGAUGUGAAAAUUUGAAAGAGCUUCUUAACCGGACAAAGAGUUGUUCCAAGACGUCUAUUCUGUUUGAAAGUAUUCAUUUUGAAGAAAGAAUUUCAACCAAAAAUGUCUGCUUUACCAUCGGACCUUAUUGCCAUGAAGGAUUCCCCAACUUAUUUACCAAUCUUCAGAUCUGUGCUUAAAAGCCAAAUACAAUUUCUGGUUGAGCAGUUGUCUGGGGCAGGAGAGGAGACCCUCGUUUUGUCUGCCAAUGUUAAUGACGGUUUGGUAGAUCAGUUUGGUUCUGAGUCAGGAAAGUUGUUUGCCAACAUUUAUGAUGAUUUCAAAUCUGAAUUCCUGGGAUUUUGUCAGAAAAGAAAGGGAAAGCGAAAGCAGGAUUCACCACAUAAAACAGUGGAAGCUAAAAGGGGCAGGCCUGCUGGUGUGCUGGCUUUGCCUAAAACGCCCACACAGGGACAGACGGUUCAAGCUGUCAAAUCAACAUCAAAUGUUCCAAAGGUUUCUUCAGCAAGAGUUAUUACGAAUCCAAAAUCAGGUGCCAGCUCUCAGGAGAGCAUACUGCUGCAGGUAUCUCCUGGUGAUCUUGACAGUGAAGAUUUAGAGGAGGAGGAGGAGGGCUAUGCUGACAUGGGCGAUGAGGAGGAGCAGUAUGCAGAGAAGGAGGAGCCAGCUGAAGAAUGGGAGGAGUCUAGUGAAAACACACCCUCGUCAAGUCAAGGUCAAUCAACUACCAGCAAAAUUAAAAUGGCUACAAUUGUUCCUAAAGAAAACACAUCCUAUCAAAAACUGAAAAGAAGAAGAUUUACUUGUGAAGAAUGCGGACGAGUCUGCUCUUCUAAAUGGGCAUUGAGACUUCAUUCCCUUAGGCAUGGAGAAAAAAGCUUUCAAUGUGAAAAUUGUGAGAAAAUGUUCUUCACAAAAACAGAACUAUCCCAACAUGUUAAACUGAUGCACUUUGAAGGAGAGAGAGAACCAGGUAUAAAAUAUGCCUGCGAUGACUGCGGUAAAAUCUAUGCAAGGAAAGAUAACCUGCUGAAACAUAUAAGAAUAAAACAUGAAAAGGCCGAGAAAAGUUACCAAUGUGACGUGUGCGGGAAAGGAUUCUACCUAAAACACAAUCUUACGAUACAUCAGGUUCGGCACGGUGAAAAAAAAUUCCAGUGUCAUAUAUGUGCGAAGUCAUUCUUCACGAUGACAGAAUUAAAGCAGCACGAAAAACAUCAACAUUCAGAGAAAGCAUCCAAGGACGGUAAAGACAAGGAAAAAGAUUCUCAAGUCGACUAUGUGAAAAUGUUCAGCAAAGCAGUGAGUUGUUCAGAGUGCGGAAAACUCUUCAUUCGUGGUGAUGCUCUUAAACUACACAUGAUGAGUCAUACUGGCGAGAACCCGUACACAUGCAUCUUUUGUGGGCUCGGCUAUCGAAAGAAAAGAUCGUAUAUCACGCACCUGCAGAACAAACACCCCGGCGAGUAUGUUGAUUUGGACAAAAUUUAAGAACUGAAAGAUUUGCAAAUGAAGCACAUUCAUUUGGCUUUGUUUAAUUUCAGAGUUAUGGCAUUCUAGUUUAGAGCAGUGUAUAUGUAAAUGUGUAUUUAGGCAUGAAAGGUCCCAUUGUCAAAUGUGAAAAUGGAAUAUUGUUAAAUCAGAAUUUUUCAUGAGGGAUUAAUUUUCACUAAUUUAAUCAGUUGAAGAUUUUUGCAAAAAAUGAUGUUGCCAAAUAUUUACCUUGGAACAUUUUAAGCACUGAUUACAUUACUGUAUUCCUAGAAAAGAUUUCGCGCAUUUUAAGUUAGCGCUUUUCGCGCAUUUUAAGUUAGCGCUUUUCGCGGUAGACAUGAUAACGCGAAUCUUUAUAGCCGCGAAUAUGUCACUUAUAACAAAUCCGCGAACAUUUCUAGUUUCAACCAAAUAAAAACAUAAACGUUCAGAAUAUUUAUUAUAAUCUACUUACGCAAUAACAUAUAAACACAGGUGCUAUAGAAAUGUGUAAAGAAUUAUGUAAAGUUCAUCUCCUUACUAAACCACCACAUGUUUUAGCUUGUAAUCCAUAUUUACAUUUCAAUAUACCUAUAAUGCACAUAACAAAACAAACAAAAAACAUGAAAAAAAUGUCAAUUAUUAGUAAUUAUCACGCUUAUUCACGUUAUUUGCUAGUCACAGCGUAUACAAAGCAUUUACAGUUUGCGUACAUUAAAUGACUUGGAUUUUAUUUGCUUGGAGUAGGUGUAAUCCUUUGUUUAAAGUACAAUAGCUACAUUGAUAAACAGCUGUUAUGUUGUUAUAAUGAAAGCGAUGUACAGUCCAAUACUGUUAAAGUAGCACAACAUAACCGUCAUAUAAAUCCAGACGUCUGGACCGGGAAAAAAAACAAAACGGGAAAUUUCCUGCUACCUUUGAGUAAUACACUUGUUCUUGUUAAUAGAUUUUAAGGUCAAUCAUGAAUUGCAUGAAUUGCUGAAUUAUUAAUGUGACAUUCAUAAAUGGAAUAUCAAAUACAUACCGUAGUCUAAAAAGCUGUAAUUUAGGCCGUAGCGACUUAAUAUUCACGGAAUUCGCGGUUACUACAAAUCCGCGAAAGUUUGUCUCCGCGAAAAUGCCGACGUUGUGAAAAACGCGAAAUAUUGAAUAGAUUGAAAAUAUUUCACCCUUUUGGUUGGCAUGUUGGAUUUAUUGGAUACAAUGUUAUCAUAUAAUAAAUAAAAGGGUCUCCACCGAGAUUUUUUAUAUUGCGGGACUGGUCCUAUUUGUUUUAGAAGGACUUAUCCCAUUACUGUCCUAAGGUGACAAAUUGCUGUCUAAUUACACCUGCAACCUAAACAUUUAUUUAACUGACUCUAAAUAAAUUUACAAACAAAACUGUCUUGGGUAAUAUGAUUAGGGUAAUUUUUAGUCUUUUAUUAAGGCAUUUAUCAAAUAAAGUGUAAACUGUAAUUAUUAUACUGAUGAUGAAAGCUCAACUUCCAGUAUUUUCAGAAUAGCAAAUGCUUAAAGCAAUUGAUUCUUACAUUGUGUUUUUUUGCACAGCUGAACUGAACAUAGAAAUUCAGUGACAUUUAACGCCCCUAAAUAAGUCUGGAAUUAUGAGUUUGUAAAAUUAUGGUCUCAUGGUAAAUAUCCAAUUUUAUACUAAUCUAUGCAUUGAUUAUUUAGCUAGUGUGAAAAAAAAUCACAUUUCUUAAUUCAACUUUAGACAAUUUUUUCUCAAAAUCAUUGAACUGAUUCCAUUAUGACUAAAAGUGAAAUUUCAUUGAAUAUCUUUAAAAAUGAGCAUUUUAUUAUGAAGUUGUUGUAUUCAUAAGUAAAAUUUUGCACAUCUCUCAUUCAGGGCUAAUUUAGAUGUUGAUUGAACAAAGUUUGUCAUUUGUUAAAUUGAUCAGUUUUGUUCAUUUGAAUUAAAGUUUUAUAUUCGCAUGUUAAUAACAGAUGAGCCGCGUCACGACAAAACCAACGUAAUGCGUUAGCGACCAGCAUGGAUCCAGACCAGUCUGCGCAUCCGCGCAGUCUGAUCAGGAUCCAUGCUGUUCGCUUACAAACCCUAUUACAAGUAGAGAGACUGAUAGUGAACAGCAUGGAUCCUGAUUAGACUCCGCGGAUGCGCAGGCUGGUCUGGAUCCAUGCUGGUCGCAAAUGCAUUACGUUCGUUAAAUCGUGACGCGGCUCAUAUGUCUAAUUAUGAUUGUAGGAUUUCUAUGGAAAUAUAAGACGAGGAUUAAAAGAUGAAGUAUAUAAUAAUGUACUUACUACUGACUUUAGGCUACCUAUCAAUAUAUUGAGUUUGCAUCCGUUCUUUGCAUUUAGAUUUCAAUGAUUUUCUGUGAUUAAAAUAUUUUCUGCAAGGAUGAGCAUAAUAUAUAUUUCAAGUGUUGGUGUCUGAAACUGCAACAAAUAAAAAAAUAAACAUUUGCACCUUGUAAAUGAGUUUAGAUAUACUGUUAAAGCUAAAUGGGUUUUUUUUUGUGUGCGUGUUAUUGAUUAUACUUUGAAAUUAAGACAAAAAUUUAGGCAAAUUUGAUGUAGACAGUACUUAUAAUAAAGGUAUAGACAAAAUAAAAUUGAAUUAGUUACACAACCCACUAUUGUAACACUAUCCUACAUUUUAUUUUUGCUACAAACUAGGGUAAACUACAUGUGCUUAUAAUAAAAACUUCCUUGAUACUGUAUCAUUGAUGUAAAAAAUGAAAAAUACACUUACCGGUAUUUCAUUAACUUUUUUGAAGGGCAGAAAACUAGAGGCAGAACUUAGCUUCCCCAACCCAAUGCUUACUGUUAAAAACGUUAUCUCUCCCAUUUCUGGGACAUUUUUAGACAGGAAAAUGCUUCUGCUAAUUGUUCGAACAAACAUGUGUAUAAAGUAACUCACCAGGAAAAAAACAUUUAUUUUUUUCUGUAAAUUUUGGUAAACUGAUAUUGAAUCAUGUUCACAAAAAGUCUUACACAGCAUUGGUAGAUUUCACCAUAAUGUUUAAACGAACAUGCCAUUGAAAAAGGAUGUAAAUUUUUAUGAAGUCCAUGUGAAAUACCAUUGUAUUAAACUGUUUUUAAGCAAUCUUUGCAUUUUUUGAAAAUGUACUUGUAUUUUGUAUAUACAUUGUAUCUGUUCUGUACAUAUUUUGCUUCUCUGAUAUACAUGUAUAUAUAUUUUGUUUUGAAGUGUCAAUUGAAAAGUGUUAAUGUAUAAUAAUUGUUCCUUGAUUACUCACAUGAUAAUCAUUGCAAGAAAACAUACAAUACAGAAGUUAAUUACUGUGCAGAUUGAAGGUCAAAUUUGAUUUCAAAUUCAGUAAACUCAGUUGUCAAAAUUUGAAGAUAGAAAGGACCAAGAUCUUGUAGGUCCUUAAAGCAUACAUGAGUUUUUCAUGCUCAGAAGAGCUAAAUAAAACAAAUGUAGCUUUUAGGUUUCUUGGUCUGUUGGAUUGUAUUUUUAGCUCACCUGUCACAAAGUGACAGGGUGAGCUUUUGUGAUCGCUUUUCGUCCGGCGUCCGUUCGGCGUCCGUCUGUAAACUUUUUACUUUAAAUGACAUCUCCUCAUAAACCACUAAGCCAAUUUCAUCCAAACUUCACAGGAAUGUUCCUAUGGUGGUCACCUUUAAAAAUUGUUCAAAGAAUUUAAUUCCAUGCAGAACUCUGGUUGCCAUGGCAACCAAAAGAAAAAACUUUAAAUAUCUUCUUUUAAAAAACCCUAAGAGCUAGAGCUUAGAUAUUUGGCAUGAAACAUCUUCUAGUGAGUGACUACCAAUUUUGUUCAAAUAAAAUCCCUGGGGUCAAAAUUGGCCCCGCCCCAGGGGGUCAAUGAUUUUCCCUAUAUGCAUAUAGUAAAAACUUAAAAAAUCUUCUUUUAAAGAACCCAAAGAGCUAGAGCUAAGAUAUUCAGCAUGAAACAUCUUCUAAUGAGUGUCUACCAAGUUUGUUCAAAUAAAAGCCAAGGGGCCAAAAUUGGCCCCGCCCAAGGGGGUCAUUGAUUUUCCCUAUAUGCAUAUAGUAAAAACUUAAAAAAUCUUCUUUUAAAGAACUCAAAGAGCUAGAGCUAAGCUAUUCAGCAUGAAACAUCUUCUUAUGGGUGUCUACCAAGUUUGUGCAAAUAAAAGCCCUGGGGUCAAAAUUGGCCCCGCCCCAGGGGGUCAUUGAUUUUCCUUAUAUGUGUAUAGCAAAAACUUAAAUAAUCUUCUAACAAAAAGCCCAAAUAGCUAGAGUUUAGAUAUUAAGCAUGAAACAUCUUCUAGUGAGUGACUACCAAGUUUGUUCAAAUAAAAUCCCUGGGGUCAAAAUUGGCCCCGCCCCAGGGGGUCAUUGAUUUUCCCUAUAUGUAUACAGUAAAAACUUAAAUAAUCUUCUUUGAAAAAACCCAAAUAGCUAGAGUUUAGAUAUUAAGCAUGAAACAUCUUCUACUAAGUGUCUACAAAGUUUGUUCAAAUAAAAGCCCUGGGGUCAAAACUGGCCCCGCCCCAGGGGUGUCAUUGUUUUUAACUAUAUGUGUGUAGUAAAAACUUAAAAAUCUUCUUUUAAAAAACCCAAUGAGCUAGAGCUUAGAUGUUUAGCAUGAAAUAUCUUCUUAUGGAUGUCUACCAAGUU